GUUUCAUCCGUGGCGCUCAUCAAGAGAUACCAUUCACUAAAGAUAACACAAAGUCCCAAGAUGAUGGAACGUUUGAUUGUGGUUUUUAUCACUGCAGCCGCAAUGUGUGGAGUUUCCAAGGCAGCACAGCAGCAUUACCACAAUUUUGCAGAACCUCGUGCAGAUCCCAAUGUCAAGGGGCACUACAGCUAUUCAGAUCCAUAUGGUGCAAUCUUUCACGUCACUUAUGAAACAGACAAGAAGACUUCAACAAAAACUUCUCCAGAUCGGGAUUUAAGUGAACUUGGAACUUUUAGUGGCAAACGGAAUACCCAAAUUUCGAAUUUUAACCGUCCAAUUUACAUCGUAAACACCAACAAUGAGGAUGAUAAAUUUGAGGACAAGGUCAGCUACCAGAUUGCCUCUAGUACAACCAAAUCACCCUUCAAAUACGGAGGAUUCCAGUAUUCCUCAACAACGCCCAGUCCAGUUUUUAAUAGUCUCCCCAAUUCGCACAUCAAUAAGCCUUCAUUGGCAAACAGCGAAAGGAGUAGUGCGAACCAGGGGGGCAGUUUUCGUCCGGUUACAACGAAAUUCACAGUCAACCAUCCCCAUCCACCGAAGAAUCAGGGCAAUUUGAUCAGCAGCAGGUAUCAACAAUCCUCCUAUGAUGAUGAGGAGGAGUACAUUGAGACCAAACGGGAGCCUACGAAUGCAGGGCAGGUGUCUGACAAAUACCUCAAUGACUACCAACAAGCCCUGUCUAAGCUUCAAGCAGCAGGUUCCAAUGUUGCUCGAAGGCCAAACCCACCAAAGAGUCAGAUCAAAUAUAUUGGAGUCCCACCCAAUUCGCCAAACAGCUAUCUCCCGAAAAAUAAGCAACAGCAAUUCCCAGCCUUAGAACCCGAAGCCAAGCCCUUCAAGCCCAAGUUCAAGCUACAAAAUGUGCCCAAUUUGUACCCAAGGGAUGAUGCACCCUUCAAGCCCUCCGUGGGAUUCCCCGGAGGCAAAGGCGCCCCAACGAAGCAGAAAGAGUACUUCGAACCACCCCCAGAGUAUAUCUACACCAAUGAUGAUGUGCAAUACUACAAUGUGGACGGUGGAGCUAGUCCACCAUCCAAAAGUCAGAGCCCUCAGUACCUGAAGCGACAGAACCAAAUGAAGUUCCAGCAAUUGGCCAUUGAGAAAAUGAAGAAGGCACGCAAUCCCUACUUCGGCCAGCCCAGUCAAACCAACUUCCGGCCAAUUGUACCCCAACAACCUCCACACAGAUUCAGCAUGCCCAGGAGGAAACCAUCCAGAGCCUUCACACCUGCAAGAAAUUCCUAUAAAUCCAGGCCCAUCAUAGAUGGACCCUAUUCCAUUCGCAUCUCCAUGUAAUUUCUCUUUACACUGUUAAUCGUGUUUUCAUAGCGUACAUCAGUGAUGCUCAUACAAUGCUAAUUUUGUACCAAUUUUCGAUGUAACGGUUUGUUGAUAUUAAUUUAUUAGAUAAAUAAAAAAAAUCCAAAUUUAAA